GAACUUAUUUAAAUGCAGAUGUCGGCCAUAUAGCGAAUCACUCUGAUUGCUGUCGCUGUGCUACAUACACGUCCUUUCAACUUAAUCUUCUGCCAAAAUGUGUGACGAGGAGGCAUCAGCUCUGGUCGUGGACAAUGGAUCCGGCAUGUGCAAGGCUGGCUUCGCCGGCGACGAUGCGCCACGCGCUGUCUUCCCAUCGAUUGUGGGUCGUCCUCGCCAUCAGGGCGUGAUGGUGGGCAUGGGUCAGAAGGAUUGCUAUGUGGGCGAUGAGGCGCAGAGCAAGCGCGGUAUUCUCUCGCUCAAGUAUCCCAUCGAGCAUGGCAUCAUCACCAACUGGGACGACAUGGAGAAGGUCUGGCAUCACACCUUCUACAAUGAGCUGCGCGUGGCUCCCGAGGAGCAUCCCGUCCUGCUCACCGAGGCCCCACUCAAUCCCAAGGCCAAUCGCGAGAAGAUGACACAGAUCAUGUUCGAGACCUUCAACUCCCCAGCCAUGUACGUGGCCAUCCAGGCGGUGCUCUCGCUCUAUGCCUCCGGCCGUACCACUGGCAUUGUCCUCGAUUCCGGCGACGGUGUCUCCCACACUGUGCCCAUCUAUGAGGGCUACGCCCUGCCACAUGCCAUCCUCCGUCUGGAUCUGGCCGGUCGCGACUUGACCGACUACCUGAUGAAGAUCCUCACCGAGCGCGGCUACUCGUUCACCACCACCGCUGAGCGUGAAAUCGUGCGCGACAUCAAGGAGAAGCUGUGCUACGUGGCUCUCGACUUUGAGCAGGAAAUGGCCACAGCCGCCGCCUCCACCUCGCUGGAGAAGUCCUACGAGCUGCCCGAUGGCCAGGUCAUCACCAUUGGCAACGAGCGCUUCCGCACACCCGAGGCUCUCUUCCAGCCCUCAUUCCUGGGCAUGGAGUCGUGCGGCAUUCACGAAACCGUCUACCAGUCGAUCAUGAAGUGCGACGUGGACAUCCGCAAGGACUUGUAUGCCAACAAUGUGCUGUCCGGCGGCACCACCAUGUAUCCUGGUAUCGCUGAUCGCAUGCAAAAGGAAAUCACCGCCCUCGCUCCGUCCACCAUUAAGAUCAAGAUCAUUGCACCACCUGAGCGCAAAUACUCUGUGUGGAUCGGUGGCUCCAUUCUGGCCUCUCUGUCCACCUUCCAGCAGAUGUGGAUCUCCAAGCAGGAGUACGAUGAGUCUGGUCCCGGCAUUGUGCAUCGCAAGUGCUUCUAAGCAGCGAAUGCAUUACAACAACAACAACAGCAGCAACCAACAACAACAUCAAACAGCAAGAAAAACAACAACAACUAGAGACACCAACAACAACACCAACAACAACAAGAACAAGUGGCGUUUAUAUAUAGCCUAUAUGAGAAGAUCUGACACGCAUAUCUUAUAUCUGACAUUGGGUAUAUGUUUAGCUAUGGCCAGGCUAGCUGCAUCUGGGCGCCCAAGCGGCGCUGCAUGCACAAAACAACAACAACAACAACUACAAAAACAAAAAGUAUCUUUAAAAUUACAUUUAGUUGAAAAGAGGCGGAGGAAGUAGAAGAAGCAAACAUAGAGGACAAGAGACACCCCCACAUGAAAAGAGAAAAGAGAACAAACAGUAAAGACAAGCAAAAAUCGAGUAGGUAGAGCAUAUUUUAUAUUUAGUUACGAUUUGGAUUUUUUUUUUCUGAUUUGUUUCCAAAUUACGGAGCUG